AUGCAGUCAACGUCGUACUCUAUCUACGACGAAACAUAUCAAUCGGACCUUGAGUUUAUGAACUCAAAAUGUGAUCUUUCCGCACCGACCGAUAUCCCUCCACCCAUCGAGGAACCGGCGAACCCAUAUGCCAAUAAUCUUACUUUCUGUGCCUCCGACACAACUUACACCACUGUUUCCGGGGAUACAUGGGAUAACAUCGCUCUGAAACACAGCGUCUCAUCUGCCGCUCUAUUUAUCGGCAAUCCUAAUUUGUUCAAUUGCAAAGAUAUCCCCGCCGGUAUAGAACUUUGCCUCCCUUUCACUUGCAAGCCUACGUACACACUCAAGGACAGCGAUACGUGUGUUUCCAUUGAAAAGUCCCUUGGAUUGGGUUAUGCCGCGGGCUACAAUGUCCGCAAAUAUAACCCAUGGCUCACACAUGACUGUUCCAAUCUUUAG